AUGUGGAAGCAGAAUUCUCAGAGACUUAUGGCGGAGUUGGAUAAGCUUCGAAGCGAACUUCAAGCCGAGAUGAAGCACCGGAUGAGUCUUCAGAUGGAGGUUUUGGAGGUACAUACUAAAUGCAAUGGAUUGCAGCAAGAAUUUGAUAAACUGAAGUUGCUGAUGGAGGAGCUAAAGGAAAAACAAGAGGCCAAAGGAAACAUUCUUUUUCAAAUGAAGGAUAAAGAUAUCAUAAAAAAGGAAUGGGAAAGAGAAAUUAAGGUUCAAAAAGAUUUGAAUGUUAAUUUGGCUUUGGAGCUUAAGAGAAGUCAAGAGGCAAAUCUUGAACUUGUUUCAAAGCAGCAGAUGGAGAUUGAAGAUAUGGAUACAUAUAGCAUUAGCAGUGAAGAUAACAAGAGAACAAGCUCAGAGGAUCAAGAUUUUCCUGAGGAAAUAAGAAAGGAAAUUCAUGGUUCGUGUGUCGAAGAAACCAUUUUUCGAUUACGUGAAGCGCCCGAAGAAAAUGGAAGUAAAUCCUUGAAGCUUCACUUACAUCAGUUGCAAGAAUUUCAAAAGAAUCAAGUGGUAAUUCCACUUGCCAUGAAAACACUAAGUUGUGGAGAGGAAGUUCUUGGGAAUUUAGUUGAAAAUAAUAGAAAGAAAACAAACAUGGACACAAAAUUUUCUGAUGAUUUCCAAACUCAAGGUGUUGAAGGCCUCCGUUUCGAAAAUGGUGAAAAUUGCAGCCCAUUUAAAGAAAUAGAAGUUCUAAGAAAGAAACUGCAGGUGCUUGAGCAAGACAACAAAGAGCUCAAAGAAGAAAAUAUGGAUCUUCAAUUCAAGCUUGAAGAAUCAAGGAGGGAUAUUCAGGCGUGUCGAAACUCAGCUUCUUCCUUUCUAUUGCCUGAUUUAAAUGCUGUCAUAAAGAUCUCUGAACUAUUCUCUGAACUGUAUGAAUGUUGUCGAAUUUCAGCGACAAACGAGAGGAAGCGAAUGGAUUCCUCUGCAUUGAUGGCAUCUUUAGAUUACAAAAGCAACUUCAUGGAUGGUUGUGGAAAUGAAGGUUUUCAUGUUGGAGAACAAGUUGAGGUUAUCUUCAACAAAUUUAUCCAACUCAAGAAUUUGUUUGAAACUAGUUUUAUGCUUCAUGAAGAAGGUUGUGGUUUAUAUGAAGGAGUUAAGAGUCUGCAUAUGGAAUUUGGAUUCGACGAUAUCGGUUUGGAGCAGAAUACUAUUAUUGGUAGCCUCAGGUAUGAAAAUAUGCUGAAGGACAGGGAGAUUGAAGGAUUGAAGCAAUGUAAAAAGGAGUUGGAAGCUCAGAUUACAAGGAUUGAGGAAGAGAAGAGUCGAACGGAGGCCAGCAAGACCGGUUCUCUCGGGAAAAGCAGUGUGGAUCCUAUUUGCAAGACAUCAUUGAAGUUAACAAGAAAUGAUGAAUUAGAAGUGCACUUAAUGGAACUAGAGAAUGAAAAUAUUUGCUUAUCAGAAAGAACAAGUGGCUUGGAGGCUGUUCUAAGGUACCUGACUGACGAAAAGGAGUCGAUUUCUUUGCUGUUACAAGAUUCACAGUCUAAUGUUGGGAAACUACAGAACAAAGUAUGUGAAUUGGGAAAUGAAAUAAUGACACAAAAAAUUGAUUUCAAAGAGAAGUUACAGGCAAGAAAGCAACAAUUCUUUGAAGCUUUAGAAGAGAUUCAGAGUUUGAAAACAGAAAACAAAAAGCUGCAAGCUAUGGUUGAGAGUAUAAUGGAGGAACAUUCUUUAUUGAAGAUAUCAAAUAAUGAGGUAAGGAAGAAAAGGAUAGAUUUACAAGAACAUUGUGCAAUCUUAGAAGUCGAAGUGAACGACACGCUCGAACUGUCUUCCGGGAUCUUAAAUGAAGUAGAAAAUCUAGAAGCGAGUUUUUGUCGAAUGCUGAAGGAAGUUAGUUCGAAAGAGAAAUCCACAAACGAAGAGCUCGAUGCAUUGGUUCGAGAAAUCCAUAAACAUAACACAAACGUUGCUCGGGACGAUAGCCUGUUAAAUCAGAUGUACUUGGAAAAAACAGCUGAAGUCGAUAAUCUUGAACGAAAAGUUAUGCACCUCAUGAAACAAAUGUCUACAACUUCUUAUGAUGAAACCGAGAGAGGAGUUGUACUUGAACUAAGUUGUUUAAGAGAAGAUAAGGCAAUGUUAGAAGCUGCUUUGCAAGAAGCUCAAGGAAAACUCAGGCUAUAUGAGAGCAAGAUUGAUCACAUUCAUAAGGAAUCAGAAAGCAAAGUGAUGGGAGUUAUAAAUGAGCUAGAAGUUUCAAAGCAAAACCAAGAGAUUCUUAUGGAUUGUCACAGAAAAGUGUUGAGUUCAUUAGAAAAUGUGAAAAAUAGCGAAUUGAAAUCGAAGAAUAUGCUAAGGAGGCAAGAACUUAAGUUGAAAUCAUCUGAAAGUGACAGAAAAAAUCUAGCUGAAGAAGUUUCAACUCUCAAGAUAAAAUUGCAAGAUGAAGUUUUGGCACUCAAGAAAUCACUCAUUGAAUCAGAACAUCAAAAUAAGUGUCUCAAAGUUUCCUUUGAGAUGUUAUGUGAAGAUUAUGAGAAACUGAAGGGCAAAAAUGUGAAAUAUUUGGAGGAAAUAUCUGAUAUGCAAAAAGUAGCUACUGAAUUAGGGGAUUAUAAAAGAAGUAAAACUGCCCUUGAAGAAAAAGUUUGGAGGCUCGAAUGGGAGUUGAGUGCAAAAGAAGCAUCUUGUACUUUGCAAUCUAAGAUGAAAAAUGAACUUGCAAGGUUAAGAAGAACAAAUAGCCAUUUAAAAGGGAAAAUGAAGUAUCUAGAGGAGGACAAAGAAGACUGUUUCAAGAGAAUUCAAGUGCUUGAAGAGAAGCUAAAACAGAAAAAUGAAGAAAUGUAG